UAAACGGGAGUGUGAGAGAGAUCGAUUAGCCAUAUGAAUGGUUGUACUCUGGGUUUCGAAAUGAGUUUGGUUUUUCUCUUGAUUUCCAUUUCGAAUCACCACAAGUGAGUAGUUCUUGUACUAUUCAUCAGUGGGUACCAGAGCACGUACUAGGAUCUGCUCCAUUUUUUUCUGUCCGCCGUUCGCUGCUCUGUUUCUCUUCCCAGAAUCCAAUCCAAUUCAAGCGAAAUCAAUUUUUUGAUCACGGGAUCAAGAUCAAGAUCGGAGCUUCGUAAAUUUUGCACGUGCUGCGUGAAUAUAGACGCAUAUUUACGAUCGGUUCACGCGUCUUCUCCGUUCAAGAUUGAUCAAACUGAGGAAUAAGAGAUUGAGAGAAACCAUGGCGGAUGGCCUGCCCAUUUCAAUAUUUUUACAAAAAUUACAGAAGCUGCGACUGCUAGCAGAGGACAGAUUUUUGUUUGCGCCACUGAGAAAUAAAGUGGAUAAAAUCGUAACUGACCUAAAACAGAUUUUGAUCUUCCUUGAACAAGAGAAUGCCAGUAGCAAAACAUUGAUGGCUCAGCUUCUUCCCAUUCUUUACUCUGCAGAAGACAUCAUUGAGAGUUUCCUCCUAAAGACAACAUACAGGAGGCACAUGGGUGUCUUUAAUAAGAUUACUAAAAUGCCCUUAUUGGCGUUCUCGCCAUGGAGCCAAGUACAAUUGAGCUGCAAAAUGAAGGAAAUCGAAAAGAGUGUCAGAGCUGUAUUAAUUAAAUUUGGAAAAGUAGACAAGCCCGUCGAUCUGGUUCCUCAACCUUUGGGACUUCGUAGAAUGCACAGCAACUCUACCCAGCACUGUUAUGUUGAAACACCGGAUCUACUAAUUGGACAUGGAGACACUGAAAAGGACAUGGUGGGUCGACUUAUUAACGAUGAUGAGGAAAACCUCAGAGUCAUUUCACUAGUCAGCGAAGAAUCACUUGGGAAGACUGCUCUGGCUAAGAAGGUGUACAACAGACUAGAUAUUCGGCAGCAUUUCCAGUGCUGUGUUUGGGUCCAUGUUCCAGAAGACUUUACGUAUAAGGAUCUAUUGCUUAUCAUAAUUGCACAGAUUCCCAUAGGCGUAGUGAAGAACGUCGAGCUAAUGAGCGAAGGCCAACUGUCUGUUAUGCUUUUUCAGAUUUUCAUGGAUCUCAAGUUUCUGAUAGUCUUAGAUAACUUACCCACGGUUGAUGUAUGGCGCAAACUUGUUCGUCCCUUUGCAGACACGAGGAACGGAAGUAGGGUCAUCAUUACUACACGCAAUGCUGAUGUGGCGUCGCAGGUGGACCCAUGGAGUUUGCCAGUGGGUCUGGAGAGGUUAACUGAGGAGGACAGUUGGCUACUGUUCUUGAACAAGGUAGGAACACCAGAACAUAAUAAGGGCUUGAAUAAAUUUUCAGAUCAUUUGAGUAGUUUCAGAGUAGAAAUCCUGAGAAUAUGUUGCGGUUCGCCUCCUGUGAUUGUACUGUUGGGAGGAAUGCUGUCGACCAUGGAAUUGAGUAAGUGGUCAAAUGUAAUUGAUCAUCUCUCACAUCUCUGUGGUAAAGAUGAUCAUUCAGUACUUCUCUCAAGUAUUUUAGCUUUAAGCUACCGUAAACUACCAUUUGUGUUAAGGCCUUGUUUCCUCUAUUUGGCUCUCUUUCCGAAGAUGUAUGAAAUACCGAUACGAAGGCUGUUGCACUUGUGGCUUGCCGAGGGGUUUGUUGAAACUUUAACCAAGGUGACAAGCGUCGUCCCUGAAGAUGUGGCCCAGUCUUACUUGGAAGAACUAGUGUGCAGAAACAUGAUUGAGAUAGCAAGGAAGAAGCUGGAUGGAAGUCCGAAAACAUGUCGUUUGCCUUGUUUUCUUCACGAUGUCUUUUUGUCAAAAGCAGAGGAUAUAGGAUUUCUUCAUGUUCACCAUGGCCAGUCCGAUUGUACACCCAAGUCCAAUUUCGUUGUUCGGAGACUAGCAGAUCAGUACGUCGGUGUCAAGUCUACUUCGGAAUAUCAUACCCAAAAGCUUUGUUCAUACCUUUCUUUUGAAACACAAAAGCGUAACACAUCCAACAGAGAAAUUGCAAUGUUGCUUAAACUAAUAAUGAGGAAGAAGAGUAGUGCUUUCUUGUUGAAGGUGUUUGAUCUAGAGAAUAUCUACAGACCUGUGCUACCUGACAAGCUAGGUGAACUGCAAAACCUAACAUACAUAGGCUUGCGAUGGACUGGUCUAAAUUCUUGUCCGGCGUCCAUUGGCGAUCUUCCAUGUUUGGAGACUUUAGAUUUGAAGUAUACGAAUAUAACCACUUUGCCGAGUUCAAUUUGGAAGGCGAAGAACCUUCGACAUCUCUAUAUGAAUGAGGUGUCCAUUCCUAAGCCAUCAAAAGAGCCUUCGACCCACCUUCAGACCUUAAUGGGGCUACAAAUCGGUUCCAAGGACCCCGAUGAGUAUGGGUUGAACCGGUUGACAAGCCUUAGGAAACUGCGACUGACGUGCCAUUCGAAAUCAGUAAAAAAGAUAUUAAAUUGCAUCUCUGGACUGAGUAACCUUCAAACCUUGAAGUUGAGAUCAAGAGAUCCAUUCGGCCAACCUUUAGACAUCUUCUUAGGCAAUGAACUCAAGGUCCAUCAGUCUCUUUUAAGCUUAUCCUUGUUUGGAGUACUGAAAGAUGACAUAGGUAACAUUCCGCAAAACAUCAAAACCCUUGCAUUGUCAAUGUCGCAACUUGAAGAAGAUCACCUGCAGUUGCUAGGAAAAUUACCGCAGCUGAACAUCCUUGGUCUUUUGGCUCGCUCUUAUUCAGGCAAGAAAAUGGAAUAUUGUCCGGGGGACUUUCCAGAAAUGCGUGUCUUAAAAUUGUGGAUGCUAGAAAAUCUAGAGGAGUGGUGGGUGGAGAAAGGUGGCUUGCCCAAACUUGAAGAAAUGGAAAUUAGAGGUUGUGGAAAACUGAAAAGGUUUGACGGAUUAGAGCAUUUGCCUACCCUGAAGGAAUUGGUUUUGACGAACAUGCAACCGGAUUUUGUAGCAGACGUUGGGAAAAGGUUUGGCAAAGUAUUACUCACGAACGAGUGGAAGGCUUCCUCCCCACUUGAUUAAUGCUCGUGGAGGCCAGAAUCUGGUACAAAGAGGGACUUCUUCACUGAAGAAGUUUCAAGCAGUAUUAUCCCCUGUUCACAGCACUGUUCUUGUAUAGUGUACACUUUCUCGUGCAACUUAAUUUUCAGCUGGUGUCUGGCUUUAGUUGAAUAAAUUUGAGUUGUGCGGUCACGAAGAGAUUCACUCGCAGGAUUGAAAGUGAUGUACUUUCAUUUGUGAACUAGUUUCUGAAGCAUGGUUCUGUAUGUGUACAACUAUUCUUUUCUUUUUUUGCUUGUUUUUGCAUUUGGGCUGUACUUUGAAUAAAAAAUUGUGGUAUACUUUCAUCAGAAGCGAGCUGUACUUUCAUAAGACAAUUGUAAAUUUCUCUGCUUGGAUAGUCGUUGGCGGCAACUUAUUCCCAAUAGUCUAUC